GCAGCAAGCGGCCGCGCGGGGCGCGCGGGGCGGGGUGGCGAGCGGGGGCCGUGACGUCAGGGCGGGCCAGGCUGGGCUAUGUUCGGCUUGGGGCGCAGGGGGGGGCAGCGCGGCGAGGUGGGGGACGCGGACGUGGACGAGGCCUCGCGGGACGUGGAGCCGCCGCCCCUGCCGCUGCUGCCGCCCUUCGGGCCCGAUUUCUACCCCAGCGACAGCGAGGAGGAGGCGCCGGCGCCACCGCCCCACAUCAAGCCGGUGCGGCGCUUCGUGCCCGACUCGUGGAAGAAGUUCUUCAAAGGGCGGCGCCAUGUCUCCAAGUGGGGCCAGGGCCAGGACCAGCCCCAGCCUGUGGGCACGCGCUGCUCCCCGCCGCCCUCCUUGCCACUAGGCCCGGAGUCAGGUGCCAGCUCCUAUCCGGACCCAUCUGGCAUGUCGGGGGGAAGCUGCCCUUGGCGCCUCGAAACUGAGGCCAUUCUUCCGCCAGAGCCCAGUGGGGCGGCACGGGCCUACAGCGAGGAGGUGGAAGUCUACCGCCGGCGCUACGACUACAUGAAGUCUUGGGCAGGGCUGCUGCGCAUCCUCGGCGUGGUCCAACUGCUCCUGGGUGCGGCCGUGUUCGCCUGCAUCACUGCCUAUGUGCACAAAGACAAUGAGUGGUACAACAUGUUCGGGUACUCGCAGCCCUACAGCUUUGGGGCCAGCAGCAUGUACGGAGGCUAUUAUUAUAGUGGACCGAAAACCCCUUUUGUGCUGGUGGUGGCGGGGUUGGUUUGGAUCGUGACGGUCGUGCUGCUGGUCCUGGGCAUGUCAAUGUACUAUCGGACCAUUCUUCUGGACUCCAACUGGUGGCCUUUGACUGAAUUCGGAAUCAACAUUGCCUUGUUCAUUUUGUACAUGGCUGCUGCCAUCGUGUACGUAAACGACGCUAACCGGGGUGGACUCUGCUACUACCCACUAUUUAACACGCCACUUAACGCAUCCUUUUGCCGCAUAGAAGGGGGACAGACAGCAGCAAUGAUCUUUCUGUUUGUCACCAUGAUUGUCUACCUUAUUAGCGCCAUAGUUUGCCUAAAGCUGUGGAGACAUGAAGGAGCAAGGAGGCACAGAGAACUGAUGGAACAAGAGAUGAAAACGCAAACUGUUCCACCAAAAAGGAUGUAUGAAAAUGAUGACAGACCGCAAGAAGAAGUUGGUUACAGGCAGUUAAAAUCAGUGGAAGUGAAACCUGAGUUACUCAAUGGCCACAUACCAGCAGGCCACAUUCCAAAGCCUAUAGUGAUGCCAGACUACUUAGCGAAAUACCCAGCCAUUCAGACAGAUGAGAUGCGAGAGCGCUAUAAAGCUGUGUUCAAUGAUCAGUUUGCUGAGUAUAAAGAGCUCUCUGCUGAAGUUCAAGCUGUCUUAAAAAAAUUUGAUGAAUUAGAUACAUGGAUGAGAAAGUUGCCUCAUCACUCUGGAAACAUGCUUGAACAGGAAAGGAUUUCAAAAGUGCUACAGGAGUAUAAUACAAAAAAGAAUGAUCCUUCCUUUCUGGAGAAAAAAGAGCGUUGUGAAUACCUAAAGAAUAAACUCUCUCACAUAAAACAACGAAUUCAAGACUAUGAUAAAGUUAUGAAUUGGAAUGUGCAAACUUAGAAUUACCAGAACUUUAUGCAGAAGAUAUUUACUAUUUUUAACUAGAAAUUAUAAUUUUAAAAUAUUCAUUUACUGUAAAUUUCCAACUGUGAAACCAAUUACUUUCUGAAUCAAUGCUUUAUAUGUAACCUGUUUAAAUUAUGUGAAUUUCUGACAGGUUUUGCACAAAACAGGCAAAAUUUAAAGGCAAUUUAAUGAAGUUACAUGACUUUUUUCAGGGCACCUAUAUUAAUCUGAUUCUUUAUUAAUAGCAAAUUUGAGGCCAAAGUCUGUUCCAUUUCUUUCAUUCAUAUGUGAAAUAAUUCAUUCUUUUUCUUUUCUCUAUUUUUUAAAUGUGUGCAUCACCCAGCAUUCAAUCGUAUGGAUAAUAAGCAGGGAUCCUGAUUUUUCCCUGAUAAAAAGUUGCAAAUUCUUUUAUAAACCCCCCAAAAUCUGUGAUUGAAAUGAAAGCCCCCACUACUGCACCCCAGCCCUGCUGGUGUCCUUCACUCCUACCCCCACCCACCCUGCUGGUGCUUCUCACGCCGCCCCCCUCCCACCGCACACCAGAGGCUCAGGCUCCUGCUCUGCUGCCCCCCCCCACAAGGCCUCCUCAGCUCAGUGUGUGAAACCUAACACUGCAGGAAACAGCAGGUCUGCUCAGCAAAGCUGCUUGCCACUGCAAGCUCUGCAGUGCCCUAGUGACAUGUCCCCUCUGCACACAGCAGCAGUGAGGGGCAGAACCCCACACCUCUGUCCCUGCUGCUGCCCUGGUGCAGCAUGUACCCAGGAUUGCACAUAGCAGCAGGGACCCAGCCCCACGCCAAGACAAGCUGCCCGCAGCCCUGUCCUGCUCCUUGCUGGGGCCCUGCAGCCAGCCAUUGUGACCCCGGGCCCCAAGCCUCAUGCACCGCCUGGCUGGGCAGCAGUCCCAGCCCUGCCCAACUCCCUCCCUAUGGGGGCCUCAAUCCCCCCCACCACUUACCUGCCGGAGCUGCUCUCCAGGCUGCCUAGCUGCCAUGUGCAUAUACAUACACAUGGAGCCCCCUAUCUGACUGCUCCCUUCCAGCCCCUUGCAGGCUGGAACUUUGCCAGCCUGCAGAAGGCUCAUUGCAAAACUGCAAAAUCUGCAGGUUUCUCUGCUAAAAUGAGAAAUCUGCGUUUUACUCCUGCAAGGGGGGAAAUCUGCGUUUUACUCUAUUUUUCCAUGGGACUUGGAAAACCCAGAUCCCUGAUAAUAAGCAUAUGCACAUGCACUAGGAGCUCAGGAUAAUGACUUGGCUUAUUGCCCAUAUGGUAUAAGAUGGGCUCUUCUUAUCGGAUUUAUUCAGCAGAGCAUUUAAGAAUACUGAGUAUUUUCACUGAUUUCAGUAAGACUAUAAUUACAGCGUGUCAGAGCAGACCUGAUUAAUUGAGGCUGCUGGAGCAUGGUAAUUACCACACUCCAGUGCCUCCUGCAUCUCAUGUAUCAUCAGCAUUCCCAUGCUUAAAAAUAGCGGUGGGGGCCACUUGAACUAAAGUUUACCAAAUGAGCUUAAAUUCAAGAGCCACCCACCAGCAUUUUUAAGCACAGACGCUGAUACACAAGACACUGCAAUGCUUUAAUUAGACCAGUUCUCGGAGUUGCUGUAAUUAAAGCGCCACCCCUCCCCCCAUCCCUAAAGCACAGGUAAAAGUGCCCUUACCGUCUUUAAGUGAUCUGUUAAAUCACAUUCAUUAAGAUUUUUCAGUUCUGAUCGAAUUUGUUGGCUUAAGGAUCACUUCUGUCUUAUAAGGUCAGCCAUAGCAUUCUCACAAGUCAGUGAGUGGCAGUGGCUGGCAGAAGGACAAAAAGUGCAGUUCCAGCCUCCUUUUUUUUCUUCCACCUUGCUGCCUAAACCUGAUUAUUUAACUAGGUCUUAUAUUUUUUCAGUCCUUUAUCAUGCAGACCUUCAAGAAAUGGUAGUUAUGUCUGUAUAAUGAUUGAAGAACAGGGUCCUAUAUUAGCAACCACAGCAUAGCAUGAUUCUAACCUCCCUUUUGCAGAGGUGAGGUAACUAAUUUAUAGUUACCCAUUACUAUAAUACUGUGUGAAUUAAGAGGUUAAACUCAUGUCAAGCCUGCUAAUAUUACUACAGGACUAGCCCUUUGGGUGAUGUUAGUAGAAAUGCAUGUAUUAAACUAAGAAAGGAAACACCUAUACUUUCACAGAGGAAAAGAACUCUCUUGUUGGAGUGAACUGAACAGUUGCUGGGCCAGUUAAUGGUAAACUGAUUCAGGUGAUGAUUACAGAAUAAAAUUUAAUUCUCAGUUCAAAAGAAAAAUCAGAAGCAUGCAGAGUGUAAAAUGGAGACAUCUGAUACAAGUCCUAGUAGAAUAUUUUGUCAGUGAAUAACAGCAAAAUCCUCUCUAGAGAAUUAAGGCUAGAUUGUAUUCUACCUAUUGAGUGUCUCAGUCCAUUUACACACUGCCCACAUCCUUCAAAAACAGUUCAUGCAAAAGAUGAGUGGGCCUCCCUCCUCCUCAGUGGUUUUUUGUGACUCAAUCCUAAAGGCAUACUACAAAAAUAAAUACAUUCAUGGAUUUUCAGGGACUUAACAAGAUGAAAGGGUACCUAAAGCCACUUGGAUUCUCAAUAAAUGGAAUAGAGUCUGGCCUUUAGUUUACAUUUGUAUAUUAAAGCGUAUGAUGAAUAAGGAUUGAAUUUAUAAAACUUUCUUAUGUAACCAUUGUAAAUGUUUUAAUAAGUUAGUAAAUCAUGUUGUUUUCUUGAUCUUUGUAUGACUUUUCAUAUCUUUGUAUGAGCUUUUUUUACUAAAUAAAUGCACUAAAAUAGUA